GUAUUUUUCUUGGAAACCUGACACGAUUCUCCCUCAUCCAAAAUUUUUAAGUUAUCGUGGCUUACUGUCACUCGGUUGACAGCAUGUGUUUGCUAUUACUUCACAUUUCACUUCCACUCUCUUUCUUCUCUAGUUUUUUUUUUCCUUUUUUGGAAUUGUCUCCUUCUCGUUGACUCCUAAGUCGUAAGCUUAAUUUUCUUUGAAGAGUGUGUCAAUGGCGGAAAGUAUACAAUACUUUGAAUUGAAUACUGGUGGUAAGAUUCCAUCACUGGGUUUAGGUACGUGGCAAUCUGAUCCUGGUGUUGUUGGCCAAGCUGUUGAGACUGCUAUCAAGGUUGGAUACCGUCAUAUUGAUUGUGCUCAAGUUUAUGGCAAUGAAAAGGAGAUUGGUGAAGUUCUGAAGAGGCUUUUCAAUGAUGGUGUUGUCAAGAGGGAAGAUCUCUUUAUUACAUCCAAGCUCUGGUGCACUGAUCAUGCACCUGAAGAUGUACCGGUGGCAUUUACCAAAACUCUAGAUGAUCUGCAACUCGACUACCUUGAUUUGUACCUCAUUCACUGGCCUAUCCGGAUGAAGAAUGCUGCCGAUCACUUUAAACCUGCAAAUCUAUUUCCAGCAGAUAUACCAAGCACAUGGCAAGCAAUGGAGAAACUUUAUGAUUCGAGGAAGGCUAGAGCUAUUGGGGUUAGCAAUUUCUCUACUAAAAAACUCGGAUAUCUUCUCGAAACAGCUCGUAUUCCUCCCGCUGUUAACCAAGUGGAGUGUCAUCCUACAUGUCAGCGGACAAAAUUAAAGGAAUUAUGCCAAUCCAGGGGAGUGCACCUCUCUGGCUAUUCACCGCUCGGUUCUCCUGGUUUAGUAUUCCUUAAGGGUGAUGAGGUUCUGAAGCAGCCUGUUGUUGUCUCAGUUGCUGAGAAAUUGGGAAAGACUCCGGCUCAGGUUUGUCUUCGUUGGGGUGUGCAGAUGGGUCAUAGUGUACUUCCUAAAAGCACACAUGAAUCAAGGAUCAAAGAGAAUUUUGAUAUUUUUGACUGGUCCAUACCUGAUGACUUGUUCACCGAGUUCUCUGAAAUUCAGCAGGCUAGCCUGUUUAGAGUCACUCCAUUUGCGAAAACUCUUGCAGAGAUAUUGGAUGGUGAGUUUUAGAGUUACAGAUAAAAUUUAGGAGAAUGGCCAAUGUGAAUCCAUUUCAUCUCUUAGAUGCAGGUCUCGUGUACACUACUGUUGGUUCAUUUUACGUUGGGGAAUCUAUAGUUGAUUAUAUUUUUCAUGUCCCUUCGAGGACAUCCGAUAAAAAAAAAAAAAAAAAAAUUCAUCCGAUAUGUUCUGUGAUCAUAUUUAGGGACCAAUUUCAACUUUAUAUUGUAGUAACAUACCAUGUUUGCACUUUGAGUAGCAAAAUGAAAAUAUCCUAUUGUUGUAUCACUACUUUUAUUUCUGUGGAAGAAAUUAGUUUUUGUGCAUUACAAGUAAA